UGCUGGGCCACAAGUCCCUCCUGCACCCUCCUCCGGAUCACAGCCCUCUGCUCCUGGCCCCUGAGCAGCAGCAUGUGGCCGCUGUGGCUCUGCUGGGUGCUCUGGGUGCUGGCCUUGGCCGGCCCCACGGCGGCCCUGACGGAGAAGCAGAUCCGGGCCAGCCUGCUGCAGCGGCUGCAGCUCAGCGAGGUGCCCGUCCUGGACAAGGCCGACGUGGAGGAGCUGGUCAUCCCUGCCCACGUGAGGGCCCAGUACGUGGCCCUGCUGCAGCACAGCCACAGGGUCCUCUCCCGCGGGAAGAGGUUCAGCCAGAAAUUCCGAGAGGUGGCCGGCAGGCUCCUGGCGUUGGAGGCCUCCACGCACCUGCUGGUGUUCGGCAUGGAGCAGCGGCUGCCGCCCGACAGCGAGCUGGUGCAGGCUGUGCUGCGGCUCUUCCAGGAGCCGGUCCCCAAAGCCGCGCUCCGCAGGCACGAGAGGCUCUUCCCGCGCAGCGCCCGGGCCCGGGUCACCGUCGAGUGGCUGCGCGUGCGCGACGACGGCGCCAACCGCACGUCCCUCAUCGACUCCAGGCUCGUGUCCCUCCACGAGAGCGGCUGGAAGGCCUUCGACGUGACCGAGGCGGUGAGCCUCUGGCAGCAGCUGAGCCGGCCCCGGCAGCCGCUGCUGCUGCGGGUGUCGGUGCAGAGGGAGCACCUGGGCCCCCUGGCCUCCGACGCCCACAGGCUCGUGCGCUUCGCCUCCCAGGCGGCGGGGGGCGCGGGGCAGCGGGAGCCCCAGCUGGAGCUGCACACCCUGGACCUGAAGGCCUACGGAGCUCAGGGCGAUUGUGACCCUGAGGCGCCAGUGACCGAGGGCACCCGCUGCUGCCGCCAGGAGACCUACAUUGACCUGCAGGGGAUGAAGUGGGCCGAGAACUGGGUCCUGGAGCCCCCGGGCUUCCUGGCCUACGAGUGUGUGGGCUCCUGCCAGCAGCCGCAGGAGUCCCUGACCUUCCAGUGGCCGUUUCUGGGGCCGCGGCAGUGCAUCGCGUCGGAGACGGCCUCGCUGCCCAUGAUCGUCAGCAUCAAGGAGGGAGGCGGGGCCAGGCCCCAGGUGGUGAGCCUGCCCAACCUGCGGGUGCGGAAGUGCAGCUGUGCCUCAGACGGGGCGCCUGUGCACAGGGAGCUGGGGCCGUAG